AUGUUUGCUAUUCUUGUUCUUUGCUUUGUUGCUUUGGCCGCAGCACAACAACCACAGCCAUGCACUAGUCCACCACAAUGGGAAGCAAAUAUUUUUGAUUAUAAUCAACAACAGAAAUUCAUGGUACGUGGACGAUUAAGUUAUGAUGCUGUAUAUCGUCGUGAACGUAUUAUCGAAGAAGUUAAUUUCGGUAGCCAGGGUGAUGCUUUUGAUGUUAUUGCUUUAUUUGAUUCCCAAACUGAAUACAUCUAUGACUUCAAGGCUCGCAAUUGCUCACGCCGUCGAAUUGAACGACCAUGGCGUGAUUUUGGCAUUCCACAAGGUGCCCGUUCAUUCGGCGAAGCUUACAUUGGCUCAUCAGCUGCACCAGGUUUAGGUUUAUUAGUCACACUUUGGGGUGGAAAUCACACAACACCAUCAAAUGACACUGUUCGCACCUUCGGAACAUGGACAUAUCAAGCAUGUAUUCCUGUUCGAUUCAUCAGUCACAGUGAACGAUUUGGUCGCACGGAAACAUCAUUUUUUGAUGUUACUGCUGGUAUUAGUGAUCCAAAUGUGUUCAUUCCACGACGUGAAUGUCUUACAGAAAAAGAAUAUGCUAUGCGAGACAUUCUUUUUGUCAAGGUAAGUGACAACAAUGUUGACCAAACUCCUCUUAACGACAAAAUGCUUGCUGCUCUUCUUCUCUGUUUGGUCGGCAUUGCUGUAGCUCAAAGACCACAACCGUGCACAGCACCACCACAAUGGGAAGGUCGCAUCUUCGACAUCAAUGAACAACAAAAAUUUUCUGUGGAAGGAAAACUAAGCUACGAUGCAGUGUAUCAUCGUGAACGAAUUAUUGAUGAAAUCGAUGAAGGUUCAACAUCAGAUUACUAUGAUGUGCUCUCUCUUUUCGAUAGCCGAGUUGAAUUUGUUUAUAAUUUCAAAGCUCGCAAUUGCACACGACGUGAAAUCCAACGACCAUGGCGUGACUUCGGUAUUCGUCCAACAGAUCAAUCGUACGGUGAAGCUUACAUCGGCUCAUCCGUUUUUCCAGACACAGGUGUCUUAGUUACAAUUUGGGCUGGCAACUUCACAUUACCAUCCAAUGACACAAUUGAUUAUGUUUCCACAUGGACAUAUAAAGGAUGUCUUCCAGUGUCUCGCACAACUUACAGUGACAAAUUUGGUAGCUCGCAUUUAUCAUUUUAUGAUAUUACAAUUGGUAUUAGCGAUCCAAAUGUAUUCAUUCCACGACGUGAAUGUGUCUCAGCUGAAGAAUGGGAAAACCGAUAUGCUCUUUUCGACGUACCUCAUAAGAAAAUUCACUAA